UCCACCUGACAGACACAGGCGGUCCACAGACAGGCACCACAAACCGAUUUUUAAAAAAUAGCUAAACGAAGUGACUCUCUCGGCUAGAACCUCACAAGAAGAGUUUUGACAUUUGGUGUAUUGGUAGAAACUUCGAUUCUGGAGCUGAAUUCGCCCUCACACAUGGAUGGUACCUGAAGACGAGCGGGUUGGAUAAAUUUCGCCGCUUUCCGACUGGCUGGCAGCCAUUUUGGAGACAAACCAGCAGUAGCUGCAGGUGGAGAUCCUCCUGACUCCUCCUCGUUCCAGCACAGCAGCGCCCCAUGCAUGGCAGCAUGGAGCCUGGAGCCAGUGGGCCACCGCUCCAGGUUCUUGGAGAGAACGAAGCACUGCAACAAUUCUUCAGCGGUCAGGACGUCAGUAGUGUGUUGGACAGCUCCGUUGCUGUCGACACCAGCAUCCUGGAGCAAUACCUCAGCAACGACAUGGACCCCAGCAACUUCAUGCUUCCUGAGUCUCCUCCUGACUCGGAGGCCUGUUCUCCUCCACAGAUACCAGAUCUCGGAUAUGAACGGUCCUGUUGGUCCAACCGUCCAGAGGCGUUUCAACCAGCAACGUACUGUCACUUUAAGAAUCGAGGCUCCACUCCCCUCGACUCUGACCGACUCAUUCAACCCACUUCCUGUCGGUUAAAAGAUGGCGGCGGCACACCCCACUCUGACUUUCUGACCCACAACCAGCUCUAUGGUUUGGGCCUCACAGACUCUUCUGUAAAGUCUAGGACUCCACCUGAUCCGCAUAUUCUACCCGUUCAUCAGGACACCAACCAUCCACCUGAACACUACUUGAAUUCAGGAAGCAUUUUGCAAGGUUACACUCCACCCACACCUCCUUCCCCACCCUUACCUCCAACUAGUACCUACAUCUCCGCCAUGACUGACCAAGGUCUGGUCCAAAACCUCCCUGUGUCAUCUUCGCACUGUGUGUUGAGUUCAGUCUCCACAUCGCAUACCUGUUCCCAGGACAGUAAAAAGAGAAGGAGAUCUGAGUCUGAGGAAUCAUUUGCAGCAGUUGAUGCUGCCAGUUGUGAAAGGGAUGGGACUCAUAACACUGGCACUGAAAAUACUUUAAUUGGACCGGGUCAGAGUUCCUCCCAGUUGCUCAGAUGGGAACACUACAGGCGGGAACACUGGAGCACUUUAUGCAACACCAGCUACCAAACACUGGCACCUCCUGAGUACCAUAUUGAUACGGAUAAAGGCUUUAACUAUUCUCCAGCUGAUGAAGCCUUUGUGUGCCAGAAGAAGAACCACUUCCAGGUCACAGUUCACAUUGGUGUGGCUGCAGAGCCGCAUUAUGUCAGAACACCCAGCGGUCUGCAGAAAAUUGACCACUUCCAGAUUAAAGUGUUUGGGAUUAAGCUUGAAACACCCAGCCAUGAGGUGACAAUAGAGCAGUCUCAACCUGACCGCAGCAAGAAGCCCUUCCACCCCGUCAGGGUGAGUUUACCUGGUGGCAAAAUAACCACAGUAACUCUUGGUCGACUGCACUUUAGCGAGACAACGGCCAACAACAUGAGGAAGAAAGGCAAACCCAACCCUGAUCAGAGGUACUUUCAGAUGGUGGUUGGCCUUUAUGCUGCCGUCAAAGACGAGACUUUUCUUCUGACUGGCGUGGUGUCAGAGAAGAUCAUUGUUAGGGCGUCCAAUCCAGGCCAGUUUGAGACGGACAGCGACACCUUGUGGCAGCGUGGGUCAGCGCCGGACGCCGCGGUCUGUCACGGUCGGGUCGGUAUCAACACCGACUCCCCAGAUGAAGCCCUGGUGGUGUGUGGAAAUGCUAAAGUGAUGGGUGCCAUCAUGCAACCGUCUGACAACCGAGCCAAGCAGAACGUACAGGAGGUCAAUUCUGAGCAACUGCUUAAGAGAAUCAAUCAGAUGAGGAUAGUUGAAUUUGACUACACGCCAGAGUUUGCCUCCAACAUGGGAAUAGAUCACACCCAUCAGACAGGAGUGAUCGCUCAGGAGGUACAGGAGCUGCUUCCAUCGGCGGUCAUGGACGUCGGUGACGUCGUCUGCUCAGAUGGAGAAGUGAUACAAAAUUUCCUCAUGGUUGAUAAGGAGCAGAUCUUCAUGGAGAACGUGGGAGCUGUACAGCAGUUGACGAAGCUUACGGACAACCUGGAAACUCGUAUCCAAGAACUGGAAGUUUGGAACAGCAGACUAGCAAAGCUGAAGAGCCUAACAGGCAGUCUGCGCUCCAGCAGCAGUAAAGCUCAGGUCAACAUUAGCGGGUCAGUGCCACCAACCCCAGACCCGGGUAGAACCGCAACCACUCAGAAAAACGUCUGGUGUCAGAAACUCGUUCACCUUCUUCAGAAUAAAAUCUUCCUGGCCAGCGUCUUUACCUUCCUGAUCACUAUGGCUAUCUGUAUAAUCUCCGUUUCAGUUCUCUACCUGGUAACUCUGAAGGCGGUAGACAUUGAGAUCCCUCCCAGCAACAGCACCAGCACUGUAUCGCCUACAUCGAAUCAACUAGAAGAAUCACCUACAACAGUCUCAGCAACAAUUCGUGUCUCAAAAACAACGCCUCGUGGUUCCUGGCCUCCUGACGUGAGCUUCUGUGACCUGCUGUUCUGCGAUGAGGUGUUCUGCUGCCCUUCGGCUUCAGUGGGCAGCACUUUCUCCAUCAGGCCGACCUCUGAUCCAGCCAGAAACAUAACAAUAACAGGAGCAGGAAAAGAAAUAAUUAAUCACCUGAAAGCUACUGGAGACUGGCGAAACACAACCAUUCAUACGUUCGUUAUUAAAGAGAACCACCAGGUGAUUGACGGCAAAUACUGCAUGAGGGAUGAAUGUGGGCCUGAGAGAUACGUUUUUAGAGUUCCUAUCAGCCAGUUUGUCCCUGUCAACAUGAGAGUCACGCUGCUUAUGAAUUCUGAUGAAUUGUUGGUGGUUCAUCUAUGUGCUGUAGAUGAGUCCACCCCUUGUUCUGCGGGAAUGAAAGAAGGCGAUGACUCUGAACAUAGGUACCCAUCAAAUACACAGGGGGAACAUGAGUGGCCUCUUCAUGUGGCUCGCCUUCAUUACAGCUCAUAUCACUUCCGGUCCUCAGUAGCUGGUCAAGCAAACUGCAGUACUGACCACCACUUCGCGGGGGCGCUCUUUACAGAUUAUUACUUCCACUUCUACAGACGCUGCAUAAAGACAUAAACAUUAGCUUCUUCCUGAAAAUUAAUUAAAACAAAUGAUCUCAUUUAGCAGAUCUCUGCUUGUACUGACAAAAACACCCUGAAAACUUUUACUGCACUGUUGUAAUGUUGUUUUUUAUAAAUUGCAAAUGCAUUUUAUUGUGAAAGGAAGGCAAUUCUUCAGAUUACGUAACUUCUCACUUUAAGUUUGGACACUUCUCGCUUUGUUGAUCUCGACUCAGAAAAAUUUAAAACAAAAUAAAUUAAAAAACCUGCUUUUUUUGUAUCUUUUUCCCCAGUGAAGCACUUGAAAGUUUUUCCUUUGUUUAUGUAAAGCCUGUAUUUGUAGAUGAAGAAAUCUUUGCUGAGGGGAUUAGAAAUGGCUGGUUAGUAGUUUACACUUCUGUUGGCUACUUAAAGAAACGAAUGUCUUAAAUCUGUUAAGUAUUUAAAAUAUUUCAAUUAGUUGAUGUUUCUGUUGUUGUGAGACUAAAGUAGUACACAAAAUGGGGAAAAAUAUAUAUUUUUAACAAAAAUCUGAAAUUACAAUGCCAACUUUAUAAAUUAUUAAAUACAAACAUGGACUUCUGAAACCCAAUCCCAUUUCAUGUCCAGGCCUGUAAAUGUUCACUGACCCAGAUUCUGUGGAUUAUUUUGAUGUAAACCUGGGUUGGUGGUGGUGGUUCUGGUCUUACUGGGCCGGUGUCUCGGAUGUUUUGUUCUGUUUAUGUUAGAUGUUAGUUUCUGAAAGCCUCUUGAUUGAAAUAAGGUCUUACUGACAUUUGAGACAAAAUUUAGUGUGUUUUCACACCUGGUUUGAUUGGUGACAAGAUUGCAAUAUUUGUUAUAUUUUCAGCUGCUGCAGUUCACUUUCACUCUGCACUGUCAAACAAAUCACACCCUCUGAAAAACCUGUUUCCCUCCUCGCCUGUGGGGGCGCUGCACCAAUAACUACUGAAGGAAGAAACACAAAACCUUUCGAAGAAAACACCAACUUUAUUUCCAUUACAAAAGUGCGCAAAACUUUUACAAUAUUCUGCUAAUGUAAAAAAACAACAACACAGUUUUGCAAUUGGGUGGACUGGAUGAAAUGGGAUUGAGUCUAAAUAAUACAAAAAUGCUGUGGUUAUCUGAAAGAAAGAUAUAGUGACGUCGUGAGUUAUUUAUGGAUGUAAAAGUGUUUAACUUAAUCUUUUCUAUGAGCUGAGUGAAUCCCAACUGCUUUAAUAAAAAUAUUUUUAAAUGUU